AUGCUAGUCUUCAAGCUAAUCAAAAAUCAGUUUAGUGAGCGCAUACAAUUAGAAGAUUUUAUACAUUUAAUAUCAAUAAAAAAUUCUUCUAAUUCAGAAUUUGAAGUUGAAAUAGAAGAUUAUAUCAGGUAUGAUAAGAUACAUCCUAUUCAGACAGGUAGCGUGAGAAUUAAGAAGAUACAGAAGUUCCCGAUUGAUGGACACGGUCCGUUGCGACGUAAAAUUGACAUGUUUUUGGAUAAUGAAUGGACUGAAUUACUUUAA